AUGGCAAAUAUAACUCCCUAUAUCCGGCCCGAAUCGCCAGCAAAGAGAUACUUCUGCAGUACAUGUGGUUGCCAAAUUGGCGGUGAACUGAUGGAAACUGGUGACUGGGUGAUCUCGACGGCCAUCUUCGACGCAAACCGUGAUGAUACUGGGAUCUGGGAUAUCAAAAAGCAUAUAUAUACCGAGCCUACGCUGGAUGGCGGGUUAGCGGAGUGGCUACCACGAACCGGGGAGAAGGAGAUGACAGUGUGGAAUCCGCCAGACGACACAAUCGAUCAUCCGCAAGAAACCGACGGAAAACUACUGGCGCAAUGCGACUGCGGAGGUGUAUCAUUCCAAUUCUCCCGUCCAACACAGGAAAUCCUCGAUGACCCAGAGAUGAGAUACAAGUGGGUAUCCCCCGUCGAUGAGUCGAAAUGGAUUGCUUGUUUGGAUGCUUGCGAUACUUGCCGACUCACAGACGGGGCUCAUGUGAUAGCCUGGACGUUUAUCCCAAAGAAGCUCAUCACGCCGCAGAUCCCGGAUGAUCUACUCCUCGGUUCGUCCAAAGGCUAUGUCUCCAGCAAAGGAGUGCGGAGGACGUUUUGCGGUACUUGCGGUGCGACGGUCUUUUACGACUGCGAUGGACGGGAGGACAUCGUGGACGUGGCGAUAGGACUUCUCCGGGCGCCUGAGGGUGCCAAAGCGGAGAACUGGCUGACGUGGAGGACGAAGCGAAUGGCCUUCCCGGAGGAUGGGAUGCGGUAUGAUCCUGUGUUGACUGAGUCGCUACGACAAGGAUUCGAGGAGUGGGGGAAGCGGAAACAUGGAGACUUGCUUGAUAUUACCAUCGGAUAG